AUGUAUUUUACUUCAAUGAGAAAUGAUUAAGCACUACCCACUGUAUCGCAAGCUCAACAUACUGCAAUGUUUUUCUUGCCAAUGUCUCGCACAUUUAGAAAUUCGGAGCCGUGUAGAAGGUCAGCUCUAUCAUGACGAUCUCCUGGUGUGGAAAUCAGGCCAAUCCACUUAUUAUAUGAUAUUCGCAAUGAGGCUGAACUUUGCACAUCUUGGAUGUCACACAAGUGACACAUUGGCUGGGACAAAGGAUUCGCCUGUCUUCAAUUACAUCAAUAAUCUGUCUCCUAUUAAGCUAGAUAAGUCUGUGCAUAUCACGCAAAGCUUCCCAUCACUUAGUUUUGUUGCGUCCCUGCCAGCUGUGUUUACCUCACCGCAUGUCAGUUCCCAUAAAGAAUCUAGGUUCCUCAGAAGGCAUCACUUGUCAGAUUUGUCAAAACCCGAGUUUUCUUCUGAUGAUGGGGAUGAAGGCAAGACUUCUUUGGGAGUUUCAGAUGCCCUUCAUCAACCUGGUAGCUCAGCCGACACGCAGGAAAGAUGUGAUCUUGGGAGUUCUAUGGAAGAAUUCAACAUUGACCCGUAUAACAAGCGCUCAAAGCUAGCUAAUAAGCCACCUCGGACUUUGCAAUAUGAUUGUGGUAGCCCCAAAGGUAAUGCCACCCCUUUCUAUGGUGGCAUCAAGACAGAUCUUGAGAUGGAGGUGUCUGCGACACCUGCAUCACUUACUCGACUUGUUCAAAAGGGCCCAGAAGAAGGGGAGAAACACUCGCUGCAAAUUGAACUAGAGUUGCAGGGGAGAUGCCAGGAUGAGCAAUCUAAGGAAGAAGUUCUGGGUUAUGAUUGGGAGAAUCUAAUUGCUGAUGCUGAUGGUGAGAUUUUGAUUUUCGAUUCGUCCGCUGAUCAAUCAGAGGCUUUUAGGGGGCCGGAUAAGAAAGUAGCGGAUCAUAAUGCUAAUGAUUUUGCUUCGCGUGUUCCAAAACUUCCACAUGACAAGACUGAAGAUGUGCAUAAGGUGCAAUCUGUUGGUUCCCUCUGUUCUUCUUAUCAACAUCGCUUGCAAGAUCCUGCAGUUCACCCUGAGGAAGUUAGGGAGCAGAACGAAACAGAUCACACUCCGCAGCUACUUCCGAGUACCUUCCAGAAUAAGCAAGGGACUGGUGAUCUAAGCGAUAAAAUGGAUGACAGAUCCAGGGAUAGCAUUCCCUUUGGUUUUAAGGAUGAAACUCAGCAGCAGCGUGGCAUGAGAAGACGCUGUCUGGUUUUCGAGAUGACAGGAGCUAAGAAAAAGAUCUCAGAGGAUGAUUCGAAAAGCAGUUCUUCGAAUUUGGUUCAAUCUGAGGGAAGAUUUCCUUCUGGUGAUAAACAACUGGCCCCUCUCAAGCCUGGAAUUGGUUCGUGCAAGCUACCUGGAAUUGGUUUGCACUUGAAUGCUCUGGCAACUACUUCAAAGGACUGUAGAAUGGUCAAGCAUGAGACUCUGGCCUCUGGAAGCCAGUUGAUCAGCAUGCCAAAUUCUGUUGGUUCGUUUUGUUCUGUAACAACUGGGCAGAAAUCACUGGAUAACUCCUUGGCUCCGAACUCUGUUGAAAGAGACUUGGGCUUGCUUGGUAAUGAACUUCAGGUUAUGCAAGGUUCUCAACAGACACCUACAUUUGGAGUUGGUGAAGAGUUUAAUCAGGGUAGCCCCAAGAAGAAAAGGUGCAGGUUGGAAAAUGCUGGAGAAAGUGAGGCUUGCAAGCGUUGUAACUGUAAGAAGUCCAAGUGUUUGAAGCUUUAUUGUGAAUGCUUUGCCGCUGGUGUCUACUGUGUUGAGCCUUGUUCAUGUCAAGAAUGCUUUAACAAGCCUAUACAUGAAGACACUGUUCUUGCAACUCGCAAACAGAUAGAAUCACGCAAUCCACUUGCAUUUGCUCCCAAAGUCAUUAGGAGCUCUGAGUCUGUUCCAGACAUUGGGGACGAAGGUAAUAACACUCCAGCUUCAGCUCGGCAUAAAAGAGGAUGCAAUUGCAAGAAGUCAAGUUGUCUGAAGAAAUACUGUGAAUGCUAUCAGGGUGGAGUCGGGUGCUCCAGUAAUUGCAGAUGUGAAGGGUGUAAAAAUGCAUUUGGUAGGAAAGAUGGGUAUGCACCACCAGUAAUAGAAGAAGCUGAACCAGAAGAAGAAGAAUCAGAAGCUGGUGAGAAAGAUGAGCCAGAUGAAACUCUGCAGAUUACUGAAGCCCAGAAGGAUGAAAAGAAAUAUUUAGACUCUAUGUUGGCAAUAACACCUAUCCAUCUUUCCAGGUCAUCUGUUGAACUGUCAUUUUUCUCUGGUCGGAAACCCCCACGAUGUCCUGUAGUUGCUGUUGGAUCAUCUACUUGCCUAAGUACUUGUGAGACACUUCGAAAAUCUGAUUUUCUACAACCCCAACUGAAGUUUGAGAAGAAAUUGCAGAUCAUUUCAGAAGAUGAAACCCCUGAGAUUCUAAGAGGCAGCUCCUCGCCUGUCAGUGGAGUGAAGACCACCUCCCCCAACCGUAAGAGGGUCUCACCUCCACAUAAUGAAUUUGGGUCAUCUCCUGGACAGAGAAGUGGCCGGAAAUUGAUACUGCAAUCUAUUCCUCCAUUUCCAUCUCUCACUCAUGAUGGUACAAUUUUCCGUUGAAAGUUUUCAAUGAAGUGAUCCUGUUUACUCUUCCGCGGUGAGUGAAUGUAGGUUUUAAAGGUGCACAAAUAGUUCUUGUUGUGUUUCUGAUACUUGUGUGUUUAUAUUUGUAUUUCUUUGUAUGGGUAGUGCUCAUGUACCCCUGUAGAAUAAUAUAGAGCUUUCCAUAUAUUCCAAGCUUUUCUUGUUUCCUUC